AUGGCAAAACAACAAUCCCCAGUCAAAAAAUUUCAAAGUCAUUAUCAAAUAGUCAAGCAAGAUGUAAAUGAGUUUUUUUUAAGAUUACAAUGCAGAAAUAUUAAUUUAAUUGAUGAUAUUCCACCCAACAUCCCGUUGCCAUUUGAUAUCGUUGAUAGUUUCGCACUACCUGUGAAAUCAACAUAUGUUGAAGAUAAUAUAGCAUUUAUGUUAGCUACUCGUUUGGUUUAUCACAUUUUAAAGAAUGAAGAAUUAAAGAAGAAUUGA